AUGGCACAGUUUGCCCAAUCGGCGAGGUACUUUUUCAAGUGCCCUUUGUGCAACAACAAGGACGACUUUAGUCAGCAGAUGCAGCAGCGUGGCAUUUAUAUUCCGGAAAAGGAUGCCUCGUGGGAGCCUGAACCGAAUGCAUUCAACGAUCAGUUGGAACGUCCUUCGGAGUGUGACGCUGAAGCGUGUCGCUGUCGGUAUCGGCGAGAUUACGAUUGCAAGCGUUGGGAUAUGAUCCUGUGUGCAACGUGCGGUUCGACUUGUCGCUACGAUCAGUGCAUGGAGGUUCCCUCGAAGAACUAUAAACCAACGUCGAAGCAACGGCUGUCCACGUCUUCGUCUAGUUCUUCCUCGUUCGUUUCUUCGAAUGGCGAAGAAAUCAGUCUGGAGGAACUGAUCAAGAAGAUUCCACCAACCGGUCCGCACUCGUGUUUAUUUCAGUUACCAUGGGGACCAAAGGAAUUAGAAGAGGUCCCCGCCUUAAAUCAAUCUCGCGUUUUGGACGUAACGCAGUCUACGUUAGAACACGUUCGGCUCCCACAAAUCAAGUUGCAAACCUUUGACGGCAACAUCGAUGAGUGGUUGAGCUUCAGGGAUUUGUAUACCUCGUUGAUUCACUGGAAACCUGAUUUACCCGAUGUCGAGAAGUUUCACUACCUGAAAGGAUGCCUCAGUGGUGAAGCCAAGGCUUUGGUAGAUCCGCUGUCCAUUACAAAGGCGAAUUAUCAAGUGGCUUGGGAAACACUAACAAAACGUUACAACGACAGCAAGUUACUUAAGCGCCGCCAGGUCCAAGCGUUAUUCAAGCUACCUUCGUUGGCUAAGGAGUCAGUGUCCGAGCUUCAGUCCUUGUUGGAAGGAUUCGAGCGUAUUAUUCAGAACCUGGAUCAGCUUGUUCAACCGCAGGACUACAAGGAUUUGCUGUUAUUGGACAUUCUUGGUUCUCGACUAGAUCCUGUGACGCGCCGAGGAUGGGAAGAGUAUUCAGCUUCCAAGGAUCAAGAUUCCGUUAAGGAUCUAACGGAAUUUCUCCAAAAACGGAUUCGGGUUUUGAGUUCGCUUCCAUCCAAACCUGUCGAACUUAAGGGAGAUUCGGCAGCAUUUUCCAAGAAGAAGUUCCCCGUCGCACGAACAAGUCAUAACGUAGUACAAGCAUCUGGUGGUCGAUGUGUGGCUUGUUCAGAAGUUCACCUCCUAUACCAAUGUCCGUCCUUCCAACGUUUAACGGUGUCCGCUCGAGAUAAGCUACUUCGAAAUCACUCGCUUUGUCGCAACUGUUUCAGACGUGGGCAUCAGGCUUCCGAAUGUUCAUCUCGCUUUGUUUGUCGAAACUGCAAGGCGAAGCAUCAUACAAUGGUCUGUUUCCGAUCUGAAAGGAGCGAUGGAACAAAAGGGAAUGCGGCACAAAAAUCUACCCAAGCAGAUAAUAGCAAUGCAGUUACGGCGGAGCAAAAUCCAAAACCAACUACUUCUUCGGCUAUGGGAGCAGUGUCAUCCAAUAUGGCACGCCGUCAAUCUUCAUCUGUACUGCUUGCUACAGCUGUCGUCUUGGUGGAAAAUGAUCAAGGGAUCAGUUUUCCUGCACGGACCUUGUUGGAUUCAGGGUCAGAGUGCAAUUUCAUGACCGAAGGAUUGUGUCAGCGUUUGAAUAUCCAACGAAGGCGUUCGGAUAUAUCCGUUCUGGGGAUAGGACAAUCCAAUACGCGGGUAAGGCACAAGAUCACGGCGAAGGUUAAGUCACGAGUUUCCGGAUUCUCUCGUGAUAUGGAAUUCCUCAUCCUACCGAGGGUAACAGUGAACCUUCCAACAACAGACGUGCAGGCGACAGGUUGGGAAUUUCCAGAAGGUGUGGAAUUGGCAGAUCCAGCAUUCUUCAAUUCCAAGGCAGUGGAUAUGAUUCUCGGAAUCCAGUACUUCUUCGCCUUCUUCAAUACAGGCAAUGAAAUCCAAUUGGGAAAUGGAUUUCCCACACUAACGGAAUCAGUAUUUGGCUGGGUGGUAUCUGGUUUGGUAAAUACUGAUAAUCCAAAUCCAAGGUUUUCCUGUAACAUGGCAGUUACAGAGGGUCUGGAGGAAAUAUUAACUCGGUUUUGGGCCUGCGAAGAAAUCGAGUCUCCGAACAAUUAUUCACCAACAGAGGCAAGGUGCGAGGAGCACUAUAGUCGUACGGUACGACGUGGUACAGAUGGUCGGUAUACAGUCUCACUCCCAAAGGACGAAACCGUGCUAACAAGGAUGGGCGAAUCAAGGGAUAUCGCAUUCCGCCGUCUUCAAGGGAUAGAACGACGAUUGCUUCGGGAACCAAGGCUACGAAAACAGUACGACAAAUUCAUGGAGGAAUACUUGGAGUUAGGACACAUGCGCAAGGUGGACGCGACCGCAGAAGGAGAUGCAAGCCGAUGUUAUCUACCACAUCAUCCAGUAGUUAAGGAGAGCAGCACCACCACCAAGGUCAGAGUAGUAUUUGAUGCGUCUUGUAAGACCAGUUCAGGAGUGUCUCUCAACGAUGCGUUGCUGGCAGGGCCAGUAAUCCAGGACGAUCUACGUUCUAUAAUUCUGCGAUCUCGGAUCAGGCAAAUUCUGAUGGUAGCUGAUGCGGAAAAGAUGUUCCGUCAGAUUUGGGUAGACUGGUUCGACAUAGUAUUCCAAUACAUACUGUGGCGCAAGGAUUUCAACGAAAGAGCCGAAACCUACGAACUCUGCACGGUUACAUACGGUACGAAGCCAGCACCGUAUUUAGCAACACGAACUCUCAAACAGCUGGCGAUGGAUGAAAAAACGCGGUUCCCCAUGGCAGCAAGGGCAGCCAUGCAAGACGUCUACAUGGAUGACGUUUUGACGGGUGAGGAUGAUGAGGAUACCGCGAAGCAGCUACGAAUUCAGCUCGAUCAGAUGAUGGAGAGCGGAGGAUUUCGUCUGAGGAAAUGGGCCUCUAACUCAGCUGCUGUGCUGGAAGGCAUACCGGAGGACAAUCUGGCGUUGUCGAAGGAAGGGAUACAGCUUGAUCCAGAUCCAGCUGUGAAGACUUUGGGACUGUUAUGGCUACCAACAAGUGACGUCUUCAAAUUCGAAUUCAAAAUCCCAGAGGUCGGUCCUAAUGAGCAGUUGUCGAAACGAAAAUUAUUAUCAAUGAUCGCAACUCUAUUCGAUCCACUGGGAUUAAUAGGAGCAGUGAUAGUAAAAGCAAAAAUCUUCAUGCAGCGUCUAUGGUGCUUGAUGGAUGAAGAAGGAAGGAAACUGGGCUGGGAUCAACAGUUGGCGUCCAAGGAAUGUGAGGAAUGGCUGAGGUUUCACCGACAAAUUCCGCUAUUGAACGAGAUAGCGAUUCAGCGUUGCAUUGUACUGCCGAAGGCAACAUCCGUUCAACUGCAUUUCUUCUCCGACGCUUCCAAAUUAGCAUAUGGAGCGUGUGCGUACGUGAGAAGCAUUGACGCCUUGGGAAACUGCCUUGUGGCACUACUCACAUCGAAAUCUAAGGUCGCUCCAUUGAAAUUGCAGUCGAUCCCUAGGUUAGAGCUAUGUGGAGCUCUGCUAGCAGCACAACUGAAGGAGAAGUUGCUGAGUUCAUUGAAGAUCGAGACAGAAACAUUCUUCUGGGUAGAUUCUACCUGUGUGCUACAAUGGUUGAAGGCGAUUCCCUCAACGUGGACUAUUUUCGUCGCCAAUCGAGUAGCCAAAAUUCAACACGCAACAGAAAACUGCAUGUGGAAUCACGUCCAAGGAGUGGAGAAUCCAGCGGAUCUGAUUUCAAGAGGAUUGUUACCAGAGGAAAUUGGAGAUAACCAGUUAUGGUGGGAAGGCCCGUCUUGGCUGAAACAAAAGCAGGACUGCUGGCCGAACCAAUCGGCAGAGAUAGUUUCCGAUGAAGUUGAAGAAGAGAUCCCAGAGGAACGUCGUAAGGCGGAAAUAGCUGUCAUACGAUGUGUACAACGUGAGGAGUUCGAGAAGGAAUGGAAGGCGCUAACCAAGAAGGAACCGGUAGCAAGGAGCUCAUCACUUCUCCCGAACAACGCUGAACCCGAAAAGGUCACACGAAACGAGUUUGACAAGGAAUAA